CCGCCGCCGCGCUGAGUCCGGCCGGUGCAGCCGGCGCUGCCGGAGGGCCCAUGAGCCUGAGCGAGCACUCGAUGCAGGCGCUGUCCUGGCGGAAGCUCUACCUCAGCCGGGCCAAGCUCAAGGCGUCCAGCCGCACCUCCGCGCUGCUCUCGGGCUUCGCCAUGGUGGCUAUGGUAGAGGUGCAGAUAGAGUCCAAUACCGCCUACCCUGCAGGUCUCUUGAUUGCUUUCAGUGCGUGUACUACUGUGCUUGUUGCAGUUCAUCUUUUCGCCCUCAUGAUAAGUACCUGCAUCCUUCCAAACAUAGAGGCUGUGAGCAAUGUGCAUAACCUCAACUCUGUAAAGGAGUCCCCUCACGAGCGCAUGCACCGGCACAUUGAGCUCGCCUGGGCGUUCUCCACAGUCAUCGGCACUCUGCUUUUUCUGGCAGAGGUGGUGCUGCUGUGUUGGGUGAAAUUUCUUCCGCUCCAGAACCCUGUUGUUCCAGUCCCUAACACCACUUACACCAUGACCCCUGGAAAGGCAGCAGCCAUUGCCUCGACAUCCAUCAUGGUUCCUUUUGGAUUAGUUUUCAUAAUAUUUGCGGUCCACUUCUAUCGGUCGUUGGUGAGCCACAAAACAGACAGGCAGUUCCAAGAACUGAAUGAACUUGCAGAGUUUGCACGGCUUCAGGAUCAGCUGGAUCACAGAGGCGACACCAUGCCACCUCCUGGCAGUCAUUUUGCAUAAAACCUGUACUAUUAUUUUUUUUUUUUUUUAUUUUUUUUUUAAUCUGCUUCUCAGCUUCUGCCCUGCUAUGUUGACUCCCCCAUGCAUGAAUUGCCUGUACUGUCUAUUCAAAGAGAGAUUUAGAAGCACUGUUCGGUUUUCACAGAAAGCACCAAACAUUGCACUGUCCCUGUCAGCUAUCCAGAAAUGCUAUGACAUGUAGAGGGCUGGGUGCUGAGGCAUGGCCAUAUUGAGCAUGCUUUUCUCAUCCCUCCUCCUGUUGGAUUAUUUAACAUCAGAACGAAACAGUGGCUAUGUAAAUGUGUCAGGAAAAUUUAAAUUCUAAGUCUUGGUGUUUGAUGGGGUGGGUCAGAAAGCCUGAUUUCUCCCUGCAUAUGAUGUUGGUGUUUGCUAGAAAGUAGUGCUCGUCCAAUACAUGUUGCAUGGCAAGAUACAAAUUACUUGGGACAUGCAGUAGUUAGCACACUGCUUCAGUGCUAGUGCUGAGCUUGC